UUCAGAUUUCUCCCUAUUCUUACUGUGCUUAUUUAAGUCUAUAGUUAACAAUCACUUGCGGCGUGACAUAACCUAAAAAGAGAAUAUGAGAAAAACGUGAAGUUUAAUGAAAAUAUGAUUGAUUCACAAUAACUUGAAUGAUUUUUCUUUCUUUUCAUAGUUCCUACAAUCCUCAAGCAAUCAAAUUUUCUAAGAUGUUAUUAAGAUACGUGAACCCAGUAAUUAUUUAUGGAAAAUUUUUACAGAAUAAUCUACCAGUAUUGGUUGCUGCUAAUAAUUAUCCCAACUUUAUACAAGUAGCACAUAUAAAUAAACAUUGGGAUCCAAGAUGGAAGAAAGAGAGAAGAGAGAAAGUUAUUAAAAUAAAACUUCCCAAGUUUGAUGAUGAUGAUGAUUCUAAAAUGAAUAAGGAACAAGUACGAUCACGUAUGAAAGAGCAUGGUUUUCUUCCACAGAAACCUUGGCAGGAAAAACCAGCAUAUAUUAGUUGUACCUCUUCAGUUUAUGAACCCUAUGUUGUUCCAGAAGGAGAUGGAAAAUAUUCUUCUAUUACUAAAGAGGGAGCAAAGCAAAAGUUUACAUUUUUGGAGAAAAAAGGCAGAUCAUUAAUGGCCAUCAGACAAAUUAAAUCGUUUGAUGAUUCAUUCAAGACAUCAUUUUUUUUAGAAGAGGCUCUAGAUAUCUAUAAAAAGGCACAUGAAGCUUUAAUUACUAAAGACGAAGGAAAGAUAAUUCAAUAUGUUACAGAAAUGGCAUAUCCUAAAAUGACACAUAAUAUGAUGGACAAAACCAUGCACUGGAAGUUCUUAGAAUCUUUGGAACCGGCUCGCCUAGUGCACGCAAGAACUUUAGAUAUAUUGACAAAAGAAAACGUUUUUGCACAACUUACUGUUCGAUUUCACACACAACAGAUUUUAGCAAUUUACGACAGAUUUGGCCGUAUUAUACAAGGGAGCGAGAUUUUAAGGAAAGAUGUAUUAGAAUACAUAGUAUUCGAAAAGCAUUUAGCUAAUGAAUAUGGCGUAUGGCGAAUUCAUGAUAAGAUUAUACCAUCAUGGUUGACUUUGGCAGAGGUAGGAAGAGGCACAUAUGUUUUGCCGAAAAAGAAACGUGAUCCCAAACCAAUCAAGCCGCAUCCUGUAGAAGCUACGUUAUCAGAAGAAACUCCAAAAAAUACAGCAAGCGUACAACCUACGUGAAUUUAUAAUAUACAUAAAUUGUUUUAAGUAAUGUUUAUAUUGUAUAUUAAAAUACAAAAUAUAUUACAAUUUAU